UUUCCUGAGCCCUUAAAGGUCCAACCAGGAGGGUAAAGCCCAGGGCGGUGGGAAGAGUCCCGGCCGGCGAUUAAACUGGGCAUGCUCAGUGGCAGAGCAGGUUUAGGCCCGGCCUGGGAAACUGGGGAGCUGAGGUGCUCGCGCCGCCGCUCUGAGCCCGAGUGCGCGCCUCUCAGGGGCCGCGGCCGGGGCUGAAGAACGCUGCUGCUGCGCUCGCCUGCCCCGCUAGAUUCGGCGCUGCCCGCCCCCUGCAGCCUGUGCUGCAGCUGCCGGCCACCGGAGGGGGCGAACAAACAAACGUCAACCUGUUGUUUGUCCCGUCACCAUUUAUCAGCUCAGCACCACAAGGAAGUGCGGCACCCACACGCGCUCGGAAAGUUCAGCAUGCAGGAAGUUUGGGGAGAGCUCGGCGAUUAGCACAGCGGCCCGGGCCAGUGCAGGGCGAGCGCAGGCGGCGAGAGCGCAGGACGGCGCGGCGUCGGUCCCGGGAGCGGAACCCAGCUUUUUCUUGGAGCGACGCUGUCUCUAGUCGCUGAUCCCAAAUGCACCGGCUCAUCUUUGUCUGCACUCUAGUCUGCGCAAACUUUUGCAGCUGUCGGGACACUUCUGCAACUCCGCAGAGCGCAUCCAUCAAAGCUUUGCGCAACGCCAACCUCAGGCGAGAUGAGAGCAAUCACCUCACAGACUUGUACCGAAGAGAUGAGACCAUCCAGGUGAGAGGAAACGGCUACGUGCAGAGUCCUAGAUUCCCGAACAGCUACCCCAGGAACCUGCUCCUGACAUGGCGGCUUCACUCCCAGGAGAAUACACGGAUACAGCUAGUGUUUGACAAUCAGUUUGGAUUAGAGGAAGCAGAAAAUGAUAUCUGUAGGUAUGAUUUUGUGGAAGUUGAAGAUAUAUCCGAAACCAGUACCAUUAUUAGAGGACGAUGGUGUGGACACAAGGAAGUUCCUCCAAGGAUAAAAUCAAGAACGAACCAAAUUAAAAUCACAUUCAAGUCCGAUGACUACUUUGUGGCUAAACCUGGAUUCAAGAUUUAUUAUUCUUUGCUGGAAGAUUUCCAACCCGCAGCAGCUUCAGAGACCAACUGGGAAUCUGUCACAAGCUCUAUUUCAGGGGUAUCCUAUAACUCUCCAUCAGUAACGGAUCCCACUCUGAUUGCGGAUGCUCUGGACAAAAAAAUUGCAGAAUUUGAUACCGUGGAAGAUCUGCUGAAGUACUUCAAUCCAGAGUCAUGGCAAGAAGAUCUUGAGAAUAUGUAUUUGGACACCCCUCGUUAUCGAGGCAGGUCAUACCAUGACCGGAAGUCAAAAGUUGACCUGGAUAGGCUCAAUGAUGAUGCCAAGCGUUACAGUUGCACUCCCAGGAAUUACUCGGUCAAUAUAAGAGAAGAGCUGAAGCUGGCCAAUGUGGUCUUCUUUCCACGUUGCCUCCUCGUGCAGCGCUGUGGAGGAAACUGUGGCUGUGGAACUGUCAACUGGAGGUCCUGCACAUGCAAUUCAGGGAAAACCGUGAAAAAGUAUCAUGAGGUAUUACAGUUUGAGCCUGGCCACAUCAAGAGGAGGGGCAGAGCUAAGACCAUGGCUCUGGUUGACAUCCAGUUGGAUCACCAUGAACGAUGCGAUUGUAUCUGCAGCUCAAGACCACCUCGAUAAGAGAAUGUGCACAUCCUUACAUUAAGCCUGAAAGAACCUUUAGUUUAAGGAGGGUGAGAUAAGAGACCCUUUUCCUACCAGCAACCAAACUUACUACUAGCCUGCAAUGUAAUGAACACAAGUGGUUGCUGAGUCUCAGCCUUGCUUUGUUAAUGCCAUGGCAAGUAGAAAGGUAUAUCAUCAACUUCUAUACCUAAGAAUAUAGGAUUGCAUUUAAUAAUAGUGUUUGAGGUUAUAUAUACACAAACACACACAGAAAUAUAUUCAUGUCUAUGUGUACAUAGAUCAAAUGGUUUUUUUGGUAUAUAUAACCAGGUACACCAGAGCUUACAUAUGUUUGAGUUAGACUCUUAAAAUCCUUUGCCAAAGUAAGGGAUGGUCAAAUAUAUGAAACAUGUCUUUAAAAAAUUUAGGAGAUAAAUUUAUUUUUAAAUUUUGAAACACAAAACAAUUUUGAAUCUUGCUCUCUUAAAGCAUCUUGUAUAUUAAAAAUCGAAAGAUGAGGCUUUCUUACAUAUACGUCUUAGUUGAUUAUUUAAAAAGGAAAAAUAUGGUUUCCAGAGAAAAGGCCAAUACCUAAGCAUUUUUUCCAUGAGAAGCACUGCAUACUUACCUAUGUGGAGUAUCAUAACCCGUCUCCAAAACCAGGCCAUAAUAAUAUAAGUGCUUUAGAAAUUAAAUCGUCGUGUUUUUUAUGCAUUUUGCUGAGGCAUGCUUAUUCAUUUAACACCUAUCUCAAAAACUUAUUUAGAAGGUUUCUUAUUAUAAUCCUACAAGAGACAGCGUAUAAGCUAUAACAGAAUUUUGAAUUGUUUUUCUUUGCAAAACCCCUCCACAAAAGCAAAUCCUUUCAAGAAUAGCAUGGGGAUUCUGUAUGAAUCUUUCCAGAUGGUGUUCAUUGAAAGAUGCGGGUGGUAGAGAAUUUAAAAAGUGAACAUGGAAACAUCGACAUAACUGGAAAUUAGGUGGGAUAUUUGAUAGGAUCCAUAUCUAAUAAUGGAUUCGAACUCUCCAAAUUACGCCAAUUAAUUUAAUGUAUCUUGCUUUUGUGUUCCUGUCUUUUUGAAAUGUAGACAUGGAUUUAUGAUGGCAUUUUAUGUUUGGCAGGCCAUCAUAGAUUAUUUAUAACCUAAAAGCUUUUGUGUAUCAAAAAAAUCACAUUUUAUUAAUGUAAAUUUCUAAUCAUAUACUUGCUUACUGUUCUGAUUUCCUGUUUCUGAACCAAGUAAAAUCAGUCCUAGGGGCUCUGGUUCUUAAUCUAUGGAGCUUGCUUUAAGAAUCCAGUUGUCAAUUGUGGUAACACAAGUUUGGCCCUGCUCUCCUACUGUUUAAUAGAAAACUGUUUUACAUUGGUUAAUGGUAUUUAGAGUAAUUUUUUCUCUCUGCCUCCUUCGUGUCUAUUUUAAAGGAGACUAACUCCAGGAGUAGGAAAUGAUUCAUCAUUCUCCAAAGCAAGAGGCUUAAGAGAGAAGCACCAAAAUUCAGAUAGCUCAGGGACUGCUAACAGAGAACUAUAUUUUUCUUAUUGCCUUGAAAGUUAAAAGGAAAGCAGAUUUCUUCAGUGAGUUUGUGGUCCUACUAACUACAACCAGUUUGGGUGACAGGGCUGGUGAAGUCCCAGUGUCAGAUGAGUGACCUAAAUAUACUUAGAUUUCUAAGUAUGGUGCUCUCAGGUCCAAGUUCAACUAUUCUUAAGCAGUGCAAUUCUUUCCAGUUAUUUGAGAUGAAAGAUCUCUGCUUAUUGAAGAUGUACCUUCUAAAACUUUCCUAAAAGUGUCUGAUGUUUUUACUCAAGGAGGGAGUGGUAAAAUUAAAUACUCUAUUGUUCAAUUCUCCAAAAUCCCAGAACACAAUCAGAAAUAGCUCAGGCAGACACUAAUAAUUAAGAACACUCUUCCUCUUCAUAACUGCUUUGCAAGUUUCCUGUGAAAACAUCAGCUUCCUGUACCAAAGUCAAAAUGAACGUGACAUCACUCUAACCUGAACAGCUCACAUUGUAGCUGUAAAUAUAAAAAAUUAGAGUGUUCUACCCAGUUUUCAAUAAACCUUCCAGGCUGCAAUAACCAGCAAGGUUUUCAGUUAAAGCCCUAUCUGCACUUUUUAUUUAUUAGCUGAAAUGUAAGCAGGCAUAUUCACUCACUUUUCUUUGCCUUUCCUGAGAGUUUUAUUAAAACUUCUCCCUUGGUUACCUGUUAUCUAUUGCACUUCUAACAUGUAGCCAAUAAAUCUAUUCGAUAGCCAUCAAAAGAAUAAAAAGCUGGCCAUACAAAUUACAUUUUAAAACAAACCCUAAUAAAUCCACAUUUCCACAUGGCUCAUUCACCUGGAAUAAUGCCUUUUAUUCAAUAUGUUCUUAUAGGGCAAAACACUUUCAUAAGUAGAGUUUUUUAUGUUUUUUGUCAUAUCGGUAACAUGCAGCUUUUUCCUCUCAUAGCAUUUUCUAUAGCAAAUGUAAUAUGCCUCUUAUCUUCAUGAAAAAUAAAUAUUGCUUUUGAACAAAA